UCCCCUGGUUCAAACGCGACGGCGGGAGGCGCGGGGUGGAGUAGAACGCCGCCGGUGUGGGGGUGCUGAGCCACCAGUGAGGAGAUGCUCAAGUUCAAGUAUGGAGCGCGGAAUCUCCCGGACGCUGGGGCUGCAGAAGCCAUCGCCAGCCGGGCCUCCCGGCUGAACCUUUUCUUCCAGGGGAAGCCACCCUUUAUGACUCAACAGCAGAUGUCUCCUCUCUCCCGGGAAGGGAUAUUAGAUGCCCUCUUUGUUCUCUUCGAAGAAUGCAGCCAGCCUGCUCUCAUGAAAAUUAAGCACGUGAGCAACUUCGUCCGGAAGUAUUCUGACACCAUAGCUGAGUUACGGGAGCUGCAGCCCUCGGCGAAAGACUUCGAGGUCCGAAGCCUUGUAGGCUGUGGGCACUUCGCUGAAGUGCAGGUGGUAAGAGAGAGAGCAACUGGUGACAUCUACGCCAUGAAAGUCAUGAAGAAGAAGGCCCUGUUGGCUCAGGAACAGGUUUCAUUUUUUGAGGAAGAACGAAACAUACUGUCUUGGAGCACAAGCCCCUGGAUCCCCCAAUUACAGUAUGCCUUCCAAGACAAAAACAACCUCUACUUGGUCAUGGAGUAUCAACCUGGAGGGGAUUUACUGUCCCUCUUGAAUAGAUAUGAGGACCAAUUAGAUGAAAACACAAUUCAGUUCUAUCUGGCUGAACUCAUCUUGGCCAUCCACAGCGUCCAUCAAAUGGGAUACGUUCACCGAGACGUCAAGCCCGAGAACAUUCUCAUUGACCGAACGGGCCACAUCAAGCUGGUGGAUUUUGGAUCUGCUGCUAAGAUGAAUUCAAAUAAAAUGGUGAAUGCCAAACUCCCAAUUGGGACCCCUGAUUACAUGGCUCCUGAAAUGCUAACUGUGAUGAACGGGGACGGGAAAGGCUCCUACAGCCUGGACUGCGACUGGUGGUCAGUGGGUGUCAUCGCCUAUGAGAUGGUUUAUGGGAGGUCCCCAUUCACGGAGGGCACCUCAGCCAGGACCUUCAACAACAUCAUGAAUUUCCAGCGGUUUUUGAAGUUUCCAGAUGAACCCAAAGUCAGCAGUGAAUUUCUUGAUCUGAUUCAAAGUUUGCUGUGUGGUCAGAAAGAGAGACUGAAGUUCGAAGGUCUUUGCUGCCAUCCAUUCUUCUCUAAAAUUGACUGGAAUAACAUCCGCGAGUCUCCACCUCCCUUCGUUCCCACCCUCAAGUCUGACGAUGACACCUCCAAUUUUGAUGAACCAGAGAAGAAUUCGUGGGCUUCCUCCUCUUCGUGCCAGCUGAGCCCCUCGGGUUUCUCAGGCGAAGAUCUGCCAUUCGUGGGGUUUGCAUACAGCAAGGCGCUGGGAAUUCUCGGUAGAUCUGAGUCUGUUGUAUCGAGUCUGGACUCCCCUGCCAAGGCUAGCUCCAUGGAAAAGAAACUUCUCAUCAAAAGCAAAGAGCUGCAGGACUCUCAGGACAAGUGUCACAAGAUGGAACAGGAAAUGACCCGGUUACAUCGGAGAGUGUCAGAGGUGGAGGCUGUGCUUAGUCAGAAGGAGGUGGAGCUGAAGGCCUCUGAGACUCAGAGAUCCCUCCUGGAGCAGGACCUUGCUACCUACAUCACAGAAUGCAGUAGCUUAAAGCGAAGUUUGGAGCAAGCACGGAUGGAAGUGUCCCAGGAGGAUGACAAAGCACUGCAGCUUCUCCAUGACAUCAGGGAACAGAGCCGGAAGCUCCAGGAGAUCAAAGAGCAGGAGUACCAGGCUCAGGUGGAGGAGAUGAGGUUGAUGAUGAAUCAGCUGGAAGAGGACCUUGUGUCUGCCAGACGGCGCAGCGAUCUCUAUGAGUCCGAGCUGCGAGAGUCUCGGCUUGCAGCCGAGGAAUUCAAGCGGAAAGCGACGGAAUGUCAGCAUAAGCUGAUGAAGGCCAAGGAUCAGGGGAAGCCUGAAGUCGGCGAAUAUUCCAAACUGGAGAAGAUCAAUGCUGAACAACAGCUCAAAAUUCAGGAACUCCAAGAGAAGCUGGAAAAGGCUGUCAAAGCGAGCACAGAGGCCACCGAGCUACUGCAGAAUAUCCGGCAGGCAAAGGAGCGGGCUGAGAGGGAGCUGGAGAAGCUACAGAACCGGGAGGACUCCUCCGAAGGCAUCAAGAAGAAGUUGGUGGAAGCCGAGGAACGGCGCCAUUCUCUGGAGAACAAAGUUAAGAGGCUAGAGACCAUGGAGCGUAGAGAAAACAGACUGAAGGAUGACAUCCAGACAAAAUCCCAACAGAUCCAGCAGAUGGCUGAUAAAAUUCUGGAGCUGGAGGAGAAACACCGGGAAGCCCAGGUCUCAGCCCAGCACCUAGAAGUUCAUCUGAAACAGAAAGAGCAGCACUACGAGGAGAAGAUCAAAGUGUUGGACAAUCAGAUAAAGAAAGACCUGGCUGAUAAGGAGAGUCUGGAGAACCUGAUGCAGAGACACGAAGAGGAGGCCCAUGAGAAAGGCAAAAUUCUCAGCGAGCAGAAGGCGAUGAUCAAUGCCAUGGAUUCCAAAAUCAGAUCCCUGGAACAGAGAAUUGUGGAGCUGUCUGAAGCCAAUAAGCUAGCCGCAAAUAGCAGCCUUUUCACCCAGAGGAACAUGAAGGCCCAGGAAGAGAUGAUUUCCGAACUCAGGCAACAGAAGUUUUACUUGGAGACACAAGCUGGCAAACUAGAAGCCCAGAAUCGAAAGCUAGAAGAACAGUUGGAGAAGAUCAGCCACCAAGACCACAGUGACAAGAAUCGGCUGCUAGAACUGGAGACAAGGUUGAGGGAGGUCAGUCUGGAGCACGAGGAGCAGAAACUGGAGCUGAAGCGCCAGCUCACAGAGCUGCAGCUCUCCCUGCAGGAGCGGGAGUCCCAGCUGACGGCGCUGCAGGCUGCACGGGCCGCCCUGGAGAGCCAGCUGCGCCAGGCCAAGACGGAGCUGGAGGAGACCACUGCAGAGGCAGAAGAGGAGAUCCAGGCGCUCACGGCACAUAGAGAUGAAAUCCAGCGCAAAUUUGAUGCUCUUCGUAACAGCUGUACUGUGAUCACAGACCUGGAGGAGCAGCUAAAUCAGCUGACUGAGGACAAUGCCGAACUCAACAACCAAAACUUCUACUUGUCCAAGCAACUCGACGAGGCUUCCGGCGCCAACGACGAGAUUGUACAGCUGCGGAGUGAAGUGGACCACCUCCGCCGUGAGAUCACGGAGAGGGAGAUGCAGCUCACCAGUCAGAAGCAGACGAUGGAGGCGCUGAAGACCACCUGCACAAUGCUGGAGGAGCAGGUCAUGGACCUUGAGGCCCUGAACGACGAGCUGCUGGAGAAGGAGCGGCAGUGGGAGGCCUGGCGGAGUGUCCUCGGGGACGAGAAGUCCCAGUUCGAGUGUCGAGUUCGAGAGCUCCAGCGGAUGCUGGACACCGAGAAGCAGAGCAGGGCAAGGGCCGACCAGCGGAUCACCGAGUCUCGGCAGGUGGUGGAACUGGCAGUGAAGGAACACAAGGCCGAGAUCCUCGCUCUGCAACAGGCCCUCAAAGAGCAGAAGCUGAAAGCCGAGAGCCUCUCUGACAAGCUCAAUGACCUGGAGAAGAAGCAUGCUAUGCUUGAAAUGAAUGCUCGGAGCUUGCAGCAGAAACUGGAGACUGAACGAGAGCUCAAACAGAGGCUUCUGGAAGAGCAAGCCAAACUGCAGCAGCAGAUGGACCUGCAGAAGAACCACAUCUUCCGUCUGACCCAAGGGCUGCAAGAGGCCCUCGACCGGGCUGAUCUGCUGAAGACGGAGAGGAGUGACCUGGAAUACCAGCUGGAGAACAUUCAGGUUCUCUAUUCUCAUGAAAAAGUGAAAAUGGAAGGCACUAUUUCUCAACAAACCAAACUCAUUGAUUUUCUGCAAGCCAAAAUGGACCAACCUGCUAAAAAGAAAAAGGGUUUAUUUAGUCGACGGAAAGAGGACCCUGCUUUGCCCACACAGGUUCCUCUGCAGUACAAUGAGCUGAAGCUGGCCCUGGAGAAGGAGAAAGCUCGCUGUGCAGAGCUCGAGGAGGCCCUCCAGAAGACCCGCAUCGAGCUCCGGUCUGCUCGCGAGGAAGCCGCCCACCGGAAAGCCGCGGAACACCCACACCCAUCCACGCCAGCCACCGCGAGGCAGCAGAUCGCCAUGUCCGCCAUCGUGCGGUCGCCUGAGCACCAGCCCAGUGCCAUGAGCCUGCUGGCCCCGCCAUCCAGCCGCAGAAAGGAGUCUUCCACCCCCGAGGAAUUUAAUCGGCGUCUUAAGGAGCGCAUGCAUCACAAUAUUCCUCACCGAUUUAAUGUGGGACUGAACAUGCGAGCCACCAAGUGUGCUGUGUGUCUGGAUACUGUGCACUUUGGACGCCAAGCAUCCAAAUGCCUGGAGUGCCAGGUGAUGUGUCAUCCCAAGUGUUCCACCUGCCUGCCCGCCACCUGCGGCCUGCCCGCCGAAUACGCCAUGCACUUCACGGAGGCCUUCUGCCGUGACAAAAUGAACUCCCCAGGACUCCAGAGCAAGGAGCCCAGCAGCAACCUGCACCUGGAGGGAUGGAUGAAGGUGCCCAGGAAUAACAAGCGAGGGCAGCAAGGCUGGGACCGGAAAUACAUCGUCCUGGAGGGAUCCAAAGUCCUCAUUUAUGACAGCGAAGCCCGAGAAGCUGGACAGAGGCCGGUGGAAGAAUUUGAGCUGUGCCUUCCCGACGGGGACGUAUCUAUUCACGGUGCUGUUGGUGCUUCUGAACUCGCAAACACAGCCAAAGCAGAUGUCCCAUACAUCCUGAAGAUGGAGUCCCACCCACACACCACCUGCUGGCCCGGGAGGACUCUCUACUUGCUAGCUCCCAGUUUCCCUGACAAGCAGCGCUGGGUCACCGCCUUGGAGUCGGUGGUGGCAGGUGGGAGAGUUUCUAGGGAGAAGGCCGAGGCCGACGCUAAAUGGCUUGGUAACUCCCUGCUAAAACUGGAAGGUGAUGACCGGCUGGACAUGAACUGCACACUGCCUUUCAGUGACCAGGUGGUGUUGGUGGGUACCGAGGAAGGGCUGUAUGCCCUGAACGUCUUGAAAAAUUCCCUGACCCACGUCCCAGGAAUUGGCGCCGUCUUCCAAAUUUAUAUCAUCAAGGACCUGGAGAAGCUGCUCAUGAUAGCAGGAGAAGAGCGGGCCCUGUGUCUCGUGGAUGUGAAGAAAGUGAAGCAGUCCCUGGCACAGUCACACCUGCCCGCCCAGCCUGACAUCUCGCCCAAUGUUUUUGAAGCUGUCAAGGGCUGCCACUUGUUCGCUGCUGGCAAGAUUGACAAUGGGCUGUGCAUCUGUGCAGCCAUGCCCAGCAAAGUAGUCAUCCUUCGCUACAACGAGAACCUCAGCAAGUACUGCAUUCGCAAAGAGAUAGAGACCUCAGAGCCCUGCAGCUGUAUCCACUUCACCAAUUACAGUAUCCUCAUUGGAACCAAUAAAUUCUACGAAAUCGACAUGAAGCAGUACACGCUCGAGGAGUUCCUGGAUAAGAAUGACCACUCCUUGGCGCCUGCCGUGUUUGCCUCCUCGUCCAACAGCUUCCCAGUCUCGAUCGUGCAGGUGAACGGUGCAGGGCAGCGAGAGGAGUACUUACUGUGCUUCCACGAAUUUGGAGUGUUCGUGGACUCCUACGGAAGACGUAGCCGCACAGAUGAUCUGAAAUGGAGUCGCUUGCCUUUGGCCUUCGCCUACCGAGAACCUUACCUGUUUGUGACCCACUUCAACUCUCUGGAAGUUAUCGAGAUCCAGGCCCGCUCCUCGCUGGGGACCCCUGCCCGAGCUUACCUGGAAAUCCCCAACCCGCGCUACCUGGGCCCCGCGAUUUCCUCGGGAGCGAUUUACCUGGCGUCGUCCUACCAGGAUAAACUGCGGGUGAUUUGCUGCAAAGGGAACCUGGUGAAGGAGUCUGGCACCGACCACCACCGCGUCCCCUCCACCUCCCGCAGCAGCCCCAACAAGCGAGGCCCACCUACGUACAACGAGCACAUCACCAAGCGUGUAGCCUCCAGCCCGGCACCACCCGAAGGCCCUAGCCACCCCCGAGAGCCAAGCACACCACACCGCUACCGCGAGGGGCGCACAGAGCUGCGCAGGGACAAGUCUCCUGGCCGCCCCCUGGAGCGGGAGAAGUCCCCCGGCCGCAUGCUGAGCACACGGAGGGAACGGUCCCCUGGGAGGCUCUUCGAAGACAGCAGCAGGGGCCGCCUGCCAGCAGGAGCCGUGCGGACCCCACUCUCCCAGGUGAACAAGGUCUGGGACCAGUCUUCAGUAUAAGUCUCAGCCAGAAAAAAACAACUCCUCAUCUUAACCUGCAGGAAAAUACCAAACACACUAUGGAACUCCGCUGAAGGGGACUCCAGCGCCUGUCUGCUCAACGGCUCCCUGGCACGGUUGGGCCCAGACAGACCCGCCUCGGCACAGACGCCCGUCCCCAGGAGGUGCAGGCGGCUCAGGCGCCCCCUCAGGCGCCCCCUCAGCCCCCCUCAGCGCCUUCCUGCAGUCAUCUCUUUGCACUUUGUUACUCUUUCUCAUGAACUUUUGUAAAGCUUUAGCCUGUACCAGUUCAUCCAAGGACACCAACUGCAACCCCCCGACUAACUACAGCGUGGUUAGAAUCCUAUUUAGCUACUCAAAGACCAUAGGGUUGGUUGGUUUUUCUUUUGGUUUCAUUUUAUUUCUGGUUUAUUUUUUGUUUGUUUGUUUUUAAGACAACAGAAUUCGUAAUAGAUUUGAAUAGCAAUGUAGUUCCUGUUGCAGUCAUUUUUAGCUAGAUCUCCCCAUCAGGUCUCUGCUACUGAAGCGUAGUGUAGAAGAGUCCCCGUCGGUUGGCUAACCUCCUGCACCCACGUAGGCUCAUUAUUGGUCAAGUCCAUUCUCAUAGGUGGCCCUGUUUUACCCAGGGUGAAACUGUAGCCAAAUGUUUACUGUUCUCAUUGCCUUUUGCGGCCUUGCCGGCUUCCCUUCCCACCAGCUGAGAAUGUACGGAGGUCAUUGGGCCUCAGCUCGGAGGCAGUGACUUGGGGCCAAGGGACCUCUCCGAGUUUUCCUUCCCACCCCUUGGCAUCAUCCACCCAGCCUGCUAUUCCCCCCGCUUGCCAUUGUAGCUCUGGCCAGGAAAGCAUGCAAAAGACCUGCUCCAAGCAGGGGGGCAGGGAGGGGUCCAGGGAUGCCCACCUCCUUCCCAUGAGGGCAUAGCUCCCCGCUCUGCAAUGGGGGAGAGGCCUGCCCAGGAGUUUGCAUGGCGGUUCACUGCAUGUGCUGCCCCCCUCCGACCUGGCUGAUCCCUACCUGUAUGAAGACCACCCUAUUGCAUAGCUCCUGCCGACUCAAGACCCUCUGACCACUGACCAACGAACUGGCCACCCCAAGCUGCAGCCUGUAGCACUGAACAAACAAAACACAAAAACGCUCAAGCCUUACGACCAGAGAAGGAUUUCAGCAAAGCCCCUCGCCACACUCAGUCCCCGCUCCACCCGCCACGCUCCCUGGCCGACUCCUUCGCGGGUGACUCUGUGUUCACACAAAAUCCAGCACGGUUCUCCCCUCCUGCUCCCACAAAACUGUGACUUCCCAGAUGAGCCUUUUCCUAGGGCUAGCCCCGAGACCAGGAAACUGGAGAAAGAAGCCGCAGCUCAACUCUUCCCACCCAGCCAGGGUGGGGAAGUCUCCCCUUAGGUGCAGUGCGGCCCCCACUAGGUCCCUCUCACCCCUCGGGGGAGGGCGAGAUUCCUGGCAGCUGGCACAGAACCAUCUUAGAGGCUCUGCAGUUGGCAAGCUAACUAGCGGCCUUACUUCUGCCUUUAAUCUCCCACGAGGCACCUCUCGCUUUGGAUUCUCCGCGCCUCUUAGGCACGCCUCGCUGACCGAGGCACAUCCUGGGCGUAGGCUCAAAAGGUAGACCUGUUUCCACCGCAGCAGGUGAACAUGACCGUGUUUUCAACCCGUGUGUGUCCGCAGUUCAGGUCGCUUUCCCGAUCACAACCUUGGCCCAAAUCCUGGCUCCCUUCCUGCUCGUCUCUUAACUAACCUAAGUGCUUUUCUUGUGUGAAAUGCUCAUGAACCUCCAUGUCGUGGCACUGUUGACCAGCGUCUUGCUGUUGUGUUCCAUGUGUUGCUUGGAGUCUUUAGGGUCAUCCCUCCCUCUCCCCGACUCCCCUCCCUUCCCCAGGGCAGAUCUGACCGAAUGUUUGCUGAAGUGUCCGUCUCUUGGUCCACGAGUAUUUUUUGGAAAGGUCCCUGAACGUUGGUCUUUCAGUCUUGGCAUUUCAUUUCAGAUCUCCAUGAGCAAUGGGCAGCUGAUGCCCUGAAAGUGUAUAUCGUGUGUCUCAUCUGUGAAAAUGCUUCCCGCUCUAUAGAACUAGCUCAACAGACUGUACAUAUUUACAAGAAACUUUAUAUUCGUAAAAAAGAAAAACAAAAAAAGGAAAUUGAAUUGGUUUCUACUUUUUUAUUGUAAAAGGUGCAUUUUUUCAACACUUACUUUUGGUUUCCACGGUGGCAGGUGUGGACAGCCGCCCCUCCCAGAGAGGGUGGGGCGGGAAGCUCCGUGUGGCCACCAAGAUGCCAGCAGGAAAUAACCGUUACCACGAAAUUGCUGUCAAAAGCUUCUUAGCAUCAGUAAGAAUCUAGGUCUCCAAAAGUACAGGCUUUUUUCUUCAUUACCUUUUUUAUUCUGAACGCAGAAGGCGAGGGAGCCAUUCAAGAUCCACCUUGAGAGGAACGGACUUGGUUGUGGAACAAUAGUGAAAUAAAGCAAUGAUCUCAAAA